CUCCCCAGCCGACCUUCCUGGUGGAACUGUCCAAAGUGCUGGCAAACCCCGGCAACAGCCAGGUCGCGCGCGUGGCCGCCGGGCUGCAGAUCAAGAACUCGCUGACCUCCAAGGAUCCCGACAUCAAGGCCCAGUACCAGCAGAGAUGGCUCGCCAUCGACGCCAACGCCCGCAGGGAGGUCAAGAACUUCGUGCUGCAGACCCUGGGCACGGAGACGUACCGGCCCAGCUCGGCGUCGCAGUGCGUGGCCGGCAUCGCCUGCGCCGAGAUCCCCAUGAACCAGUGGCCGGAGCUGAUCCCGCAGCUGGUGGCCAACGUCACCAACCAGCACAGCACCGAGCACAUGAAGGAGUCCACGCUCGAGGCCAUCGGUUACAUCUGCCAGGACAUCGAUCCAGAGCAGCUCCAGGACAAAUCCAAUGAAAUCCUGACUGCCAUAAUCCAGGGAAUGAGAAAGGAGGAGCCCAGCAACAAUGUGAAGCUUGCAGCUACCAACGCACUCCUGAAUUCUUUGGAAUUCACCAAAGCAAACUUUGACAAAGAGUCUGAAAGGCACUUUAUUAUGCAAGUAGUCUGUGAAGCCACACAGUGUCCAGACACGAGGGUACGAGUGGCUGCCUUACAGAACCUGGUGAAGAUAAUGUCCCUUUAUUACCAAUACAUGGAGACGUACAUGGGGCCUGCCCUCUUUGCUAUCACAAUCGAGGCGAUGAAAAGCGACAUAGACGAGGUGGCUCUGCAGGGCAUCGAGUUCUGGUCCAACGUCUGCGACGAGGAGAUGGACCUGGCCAUCGAGGCCUCAGAGGCAGCAGAACAAGGACGGCCCCCAGAGCACACCAGCAAGUUCUAUGCCAAGGGGGCACUGCAAUAUUUGGUCCCUAUUCUAACCCAGACCUUAACAAAACAGGAUGAGAACGACGACGAUGACGACUGGAACCCCUGCAAGGCGGCAGGGGUGUGCCUGAUGCUGCUGGCCACGUGCUGCGAGGACGACAUCGUCCCCCACGUGCUGCCCUUCAUCAAGGAGCACAUCAAAAACCCCGACUGGAGGUACCGGGAUGCGGCCGUCAUGGCCUUCGGGUGCAUCCUGGAAGGGCCCGAGCCCAACCAACUCAAACCUUUAGUAAUACAGGCCAUGCCAACGUUGAUAGAGCUGAUGAAGGAUCCCAGUGUGGUGGUCAGGGACACGACGGCCUGGACUGUGGGCAGGAUCUGCGAGAUGCUGCCUGAGGCCGCCAUCAACGACAUCUACCUGGCCCCACUGCUGCAGUGCCUGAUGGAGGGGCUGAGUGCCGAGCCCAGGGUGGCCACCAACGUCUGCUGGGCCUUCUCCAGCCUUGCUGAAGCUGCCUAUGAAGCUGCAGAUGUGGCUUGAUCAGGAAGAGCCACUGAUGAUCAGGAAGAGCCAGCAACCUACUGCUUAUCCUCCUCCUUUGAGCUGAUAGUGCAGAAACUGCUGGAGACUGCAGACAGACCUGAUGGACACCAGAAUAACUUGAGGAGUUCUGCCUAUGAAUCCCUGAUGGAAAUAGUGAAAAACAGUGCCAAGGACUGUUAUCCUGCUGUCCAAAAAACCACCCUGGUCAUCAUGGAGAGGCUCCAGCAAGUGCUGCAGAUGGAGUCUCACAUCCAGAGCACCUCUGACAGAAUUCAGUUCAACGAUCUCCAGUCCCUUCUCUGUGCUACUCUCCAGAACGUGCUGCGGAAGGUGCAGCACCAGGACGCGUUGCAGAUCUCGGACGUGGUGAUGGCGUCACUGCUCAGAAUGUUCCAGAGCACAGCCGGCUCCGGGGGGGUACAGGAGGACGCCCUGAUGGCCGUCAGCACCCUGGUGGAAGUCCUGGGUGGAGAAUUCCUGAAAUACAUGGAUGCCUUCAAACCUUUCCUUGGGAUUGGGCUGAAAAACUACGCUGAGUACCAGGUCUGCCUGUCGGCAGUGGGGUUGGUGGGGGACCUGUGCCGAGCCCUGCAGUCCAACAUCCUCCCCUUCUGCGACGAGGUGAUGCAGCUGCUCCUGGAGAACCUGGGGAACGAGAACGUGCACAGGUCGGUGAAGCCUCAGAUCCUCUCGGUGUUCGGGGACAUCGCCCUGGCCAUCGGGGGCGAGUUCAAGAAGUACCUGGACGUGGUGCUCAACACCCUCCAGCAGGCAUCCCAGGCCCAGGUGGACAAGUCCGACUACGACAUGGUGGAUUACCUGAACGAGCUGCGGGAGGGCUGCCUGGAGGCCUACACCGGGAUCAUCCAGGGGCUGAAGGGAGACCAGGAGAACGUGCACCCUGACGUGAUGCUGGUGCAGCCCAGGGUGGAAUUUAUCCUCUCCUACAUCGACCACAUCGCGGGGGACGAGGAUCACACGGACGGGGUGGUGGCCUGCGCCGCAGGUCUCAUAGGGGAUUUGUGUACAGCUUUUGGGAAGGAUGUCCUGAAAUUAGUAGAAGCCAGACCCAUGAUCCAUGAACUGCUAACGGAAGGGAGGAGAUCCAAGACGAACAAAACGAAAACCCUCGCCACCUGGGCCACAAAAGAGCUGAGAAAACUCAAGAACCAAGCUUGAUCUGUUACCAUUGGGACGACACCUGAGGACCCCCACUGGAAAAAACAACACCACCACCAACACCACCAAGAGAAAGAAAAAAAAAAAAA